CAGUGAGCCACAGCGCGCCGGGCCCCAUCUGCACGCCUCUCUCUCUCUCUCUCUCUCUCUCUCCCCCUCUCUCACCCCCGUCUGUCUCCCUUUAUCCUCCAGCUCUCUCCACCCCGCCCGCUCACUUCCAGUGUCGGCGGGUAUCUGCAGCGGCGGCGGCGGCCUCGGCGGCACUGUCACUUUCACCACACCGUGCGGUGCAGGGGGGGGGGGGGGGGGCCGUGGAGGGAGAGAGGAGGUGGGGGGCGGGGAGCGAAAUGUACUGACACCACGGAGCAAGACCGGGAGCGCGCCACCAUCUCCAUCACCUCCAUCAGCUCCAUCAGCUGCACUCCGCGGCGUGUUUGCGGGGCUCCGCGUCCUCCCGGAGCCGCACACCGGGGACCGCUUUUCUAUAUUUACCUUCUUCUUUUUGAGGAUUGGCCGCAUCGCUCGCUAUUCGUUUGUGGAUUAUUUUUCCUCCUCAUCGAAAAAGAAAAGGGUGAGAUGGAGGAGUCCAGCUCCCAGAAGUUGGUGUGGGACGGGGACGCCAAAGCGGUCCAGCAGUGUCUGACGGACAUCUUCACCAGCGUCUUCACCACGUGCGACAUCCCGGAAAACGCCAUCUUCGGGCCCUGCGUGCUGAGCCACACGUCGCUGUACGACAGCAUCGCCUUCAUCGCCCUCAAGUCCACCGACAAGCGCACAGCGCCGUACAUCUUCAGGGUGGACACGUCGGCGGCCAACAGCACCUCGGAGGGCCUGAUGUGGCUGCGGCUGGUCCAGUCGGCCCGGGACAAAGAGGAGCAGAACCUGGAGGCCUACGUGAAGAACGGGCAGCUCCUGUACCGCUCGCUGCGCCGCAUCGAGAAGGACGAGGAGCUGCUGGUCUGGUACGGCAAGGACCUCAUCGACCUGCUGCUGCUCAGCCCCAGCCGGGCGCCCGCCAAGGGCAAAGGUUCGUCCCACCACUCGUGUCCAGACUGCAGUCAGCGCUUCCAGUUCGAGUUCCCCUUCUUGGCCCAUCUCCGGUUCCGCUGCACCAAAAGACUGCAGAGCAUCACGGGGGCCGACGAGGAGGCCGCCAAAGAGGGCGGCGGCGAGCGCCCGAGCGCCACCCCGACCCGGACCAGCCCGAAGCUGGGCCGCUCCGAGGGCUUCGGCGCCGCCCCGGACGCCAGCAAACCCUCCACGGACUUUCACAACCUGGCCAGGGAUCUGGAGAACAACCGGACCAGCCCGCCGAGCGACAAGGAGGCCGAGAUCUGCAGCGAGAGCUCGGGGAAGAGGAAGUUCUCGGAGGUGGAGGAGCGGGAGCGCCGAGGGCCCAGCCUGCCGCAGUCCAAGUCCAAGGACGAGCUCGCCACCUCGGCGCAGAACUACAGGGGCGCGUACGGCCUGGAGGAGAACCACAAGUCCUUCUCGCCGCCGGCGUCCACGGAACUCGGUCAGGGCAAGCGCAGCGCCUUCACCGAGGUCAAGAAGUCCCCCCAGAACCUCAAGCACCACGGCGGCGGCAAGAACCUCCAGGGCGCCAACUCGGAGAACAAAGACGGCGGGCGGCCCAGCGGCAGCCCGUCGGAGAAGCACCUCAACAUCCGGCAGGUGCUGUCGGAGACCCAGCAGCCGCAGACCUCCCCGAUGGGCAGCGCCUUCACCUCGGUGACCCAGCAGGGCGGCGGCGGCGAGAGGAAGAGCGCCUUCAGCCAGCCGUCGCGCUCCUUCUCGCAGAUCUCGCCGCUGGUGAUGCCGACCAAGCUGCUGGACUGCCACCCGGCGGUGGGCGACACCAUCUCCUCCAGCCGCCUCUACCAGGCCGACCACCUCGCCGCCAAGCUGCAGGGCGCCGAGCUGGGCGCCAACUGCCCCGUGCCGGGCGGCGUGGCCAAGCAGAACCCCUUCGUCUACGCCACCACCUUCUGGCCCAAGAGCUCCGGCGCCAUCCAGCUCCAGAUGCCCUCGGCGCUCACGCUGCUGCCGCCCUCCUUCACCUCGCUCUGCCUGCCGGCGCAGAACUGGUGCGCCAAGUGCAACGCGUCGUUCCGCAUGACCUCGGACCUGGUCUACCACAUGCGCUCGCACCACAAGAAGGAGUUCGCCAUGGAGCCGCUGGUCAAGCGGCGGCGCGAGGAGAAGCUCAAGUGCCCCAUCUGCAACGAGUCGUUCCGGGAGCGGCACCACCUCUCCCGUCACAUGACCUCCCACAACUGACUUUUAGGAAGGAGGGACUUUUUUUUCAUAACGAGGAGGGGCAGCGAACAAACCCCCCCC